AGACCUCUGUGGGGAGAGGAGGGGCCCUCACUCCACUUUGGGUGUGAUCUCAGCAACAUGAAGUCUCUCCUGAUGCUCCUGGCAGUGGCAGCUAUCACCAUAGGGCAAGCCCAAGCUCUCCAAUGUCACAUCUGUGAAAGCGCUGACAAUUGCAAGGAAGCACGCUACUGUCCUGGUCCUUCUCAGUUCUGCAAAACAACCAUCAACUUCCAGCGAUUGUCAGGGAACCUUGUGAAGAAGGAAUGUGCUAACUACUGUGUUGCACAGAAUAGCGAUGCGGGUCAGACCCAACCCCAGGUCCGGUGCUGUACAACAGACCUGUGCAAUGCUGGAAUUGAGAACUCAGCUCCUGUCCACACGCUCCUCAGCCUUGCUGUCCUGGCCCUCAGCCUUACCCUGGCCCUGGUCUCUAUCCUCUACUGACCCAGACUGUAACCUAUGGGACCCUUAGCCAGGCCACAACCCACUCCCCACCCCAAGCCUGUCCUGGAAGGUUCUGAACCUUCUCUCCACACAACUCCAGCCCAGCUCCAUGUCCCUCCUCAAUCCAUUAACUUUCUCUCCAAACUCUUCUUAGUCUCCCAGGAUAAGGGGAACAUAAGGAAGGGGGUCUCCUUCUGCUCCCAGGGGUCCAGGAGGUCAGUUCUGCUCCUUACUUCCUUCAGAAUAUAAACAUCUCAACUGGCCACUCAGAGAGUCACCCUCACUAGGCACUCCUGCCAGAUCCAUCCAGGGACUCAGAGAUCCUGGCCCCAUUAAUCAGGAUCACUUCUCAGCAGACCCUUGGAUUUCCCCUGGGGGUGGGGAGGAAGAAAGGGGAGGAGGGAAGAUCACCGCAUGGUGUAGUGGACAUUUUGAAAGUCUGAAUCCUGAUUCUGUCAUUUACUGGUUGUACGAUCCUGGGUAAGUUACUUCAAUGGGUCUCAGUUCCCUCAUCUGUACAAUGAAAGGAGCAGACUCAAACAAUCUUUAGGGUUCCCUCCAGCUCCAAAAUCCUGUGUUCUCUAAGAGGUAUUGGGAUGAGCAGGAGGACAGAGAUGGGGAGAUCAUUUCAAUCCCACCAACUUUCAUAUUGUUUCUGUUAGCUCAGAUUUUUAUUUUCUACUCAAUAAUAACAAAUGACUGAAAAGAA